AUGUCCGUCCUAGGAGCAUCCGAAACAUCCUCCUUCCGUCCAACCCUCCGGGACCUAUCCACUGAUCCGGGCCCUGUUCCUCUACCCCAACCAGACGACCUCAAGGCCAUUCUCGACGCCGAAAUAGCCACGCAUGCUACCAUCCUAACCAUAAUCGGAGACUGCGAGCGUCAGAUCGACGAAUCCUCCGCCUCAGUUUCCCCACAAGAUCCCACAAUCCGCGAUCUCCGUCAUGCGCUCAGUCACGCUCUCCUAGAAGCUAGCCAGUCAAGAACCAGGCAAGUAACCUUGGGCAAGCAACUUCGCGUCGUGUCUCGGCAUCAACGAAGACUUGAGGGGAAUACUUCAGGUUUGGGACUUGCCAUCGACCGCUUUCUUGAGGCGCGCGAUGAAUCAUUGAGGAUGGAAUUUGCGGCAUCAGCGCAGGUAUUUGGCAACGUCGCAAAUGGUGCUCGCAUGGUCGUGAGACAAGUGGUCUCUCUUUGCGAGGGGAUGAUUGGCCAGGGUGCUAUGAUCGGCAGGGCAUGGUCGGAGGUGUGGCAACAGCUGCGUGCAGACUUGUCGGAGGAAGAGAAAGAGGAAGAAGGAAAUCUGGAGGAACGAAAAGGGGAGGAAGAAAAGGCAGAGGAAGAAAAGGAGGAUGAAGAAUGA